CACUGACAGAGUAAACAAAUCUUGUAUAACAGGGACUGUCAGCAGGCAUUGAUGUGCAUAAAUGUGAAUAUAUCUGUCAAAUACUGACGCAGUUUCGUUUUCACAAAUUAUCAAAAUGGAUAAGAAAGAUUUAAGUAUAUUUACAGGACGAAAGGGUGAAUUUGGGACUGUUGAUUAUGUACUGUUUUCUCUUGCGUUCGUUGCAUCUGCUGCGAUCGGGUUUUACCAUGCAUACAGAGAUAGAAACAAGCGAAAGGCCGAGGACUUUCACCUUGGUGGUCGAAAGAUGCAUCCAAUUCCAGUGAGCCUGUCGUUGUCAGCUACGUUUCUUUCCUCUCUGACUCUCCUGGGCACUCCUUCCGAGGUCUACACCAACGGCACGAUGUUCUACUGGAUCGUUUUGGCGAUGGUUAUAGCUAUAGCUGCAGCGGCACACAUAUUCGUUCCAGUAUUCUACAGGCUGAAUAUCACCAGCUGUUUUCAAUACUUCGAGAUGAGGUUCGGCAAAGUAGCGCGUUUCAUCACAUCGAUACUGUUCAUGAUUCAGACGUUGGUAUACAUGGGAUUCGUCCUGUAUGCCCCCUCUCUAGCACUUGAGGCUGUCACAGGAGUUUCACUCUGGGGUUCCAUGAUCGGGACAGCCGCGAUUUGUACACUUUACACCACUCUCGGGGGAAUGAAGACGGUGAUAUGGACAGACUCACUUCAAUUCUCAAUCAUGGUUGCUGGUCUGUUGGCAGUAAUUAUUGAAGGUUCCAAAUAUGCAAACGGUUUUGAAAAUGCUUGGAAUAUCGCAAAUGAAAAUGGCAGAAUUGAAUUCCUAGAGUUUUCACCCGAUCCGAAGACACGUCAUAGUGUAUGGACAGUAGCUAUUGGCGGGUCAUUUUUCUGGUUGUACCUGUACGCUGUCAACCAGGCUCAAGUUCAACGUGUAUGCUCCUUGCCUACACUCAGAAAGGCAAAAAUAGCGAUGUGGCUGAACCUUGUGGGACUCAUUCUUAUUGUUACCCUGACCUGCAUGAUCGGUGUAGUGAUAUAUGCUGUUUAUCAAUCAUGCCAUCCUGUGACAGCCGGACUUAUUAAUAGAAGUGACCAGUUACUGCCAUUGUUUGUUAUGGACACCUUGGGGAAAGUUCCGGGGCUGGCAGGUGUGUUUAUUGCGUGCGUAUUUAGCGGAGGUUUGAGUACAAUAUCGUCAGGACUAAAUGCAAUGUCAGCUGUUGUACAAGAGGACUAUUUGAAGCCGAUAGCAAAUGCGUGUAAAAGCAAACUAUUCGCAAAGUACGGGAUUGUUAUUUCUAAAAUCCUCGUUGUUGUAAUGGGUUUCAUCCAGUUUGGAUUUGCAGUCUUGAUAUCAAAGUUUACCGGUUUAAUUGUACAGUUCUCUUACAGUUUGUAUUCAAUAACGGCAGGUCCUAUUUUUGGCUUGUUCGUAGCAGGUAUGAUAUUUCCAUGGACAAAUGAGAUUGGCGCUGUGGCUGGAUUUAUCGUUUCCCUGGCAUUCAUGUGCUGGCUUGGACUAGGAAAGCUUAUAGAAUCACCAAAGGGGCCAUCUUUUCCAUUACCUACCUAUACCUAUGGGUGUAAUAACUCACUUUACACCACAACGACACUUCUUCCAACGUCCAUGGCAACAAACAUGACAACAAUCAUGAUGAACACCGACGAACCAGUUCUCUACGACUUCUAUCGGAUAUCAUACCAAUGGUACACCGGUCUGGGAAUGAUCAUUGCUGUCUUUGUUGCUGUGCUAGUAAGUUUUCUUACUGGAUACACACGGGCAGACACUAUUGACAGCCGGCUAAUGUGCCCGAUAUUUGACACAAUGUUUCCAUGUCUUCCUGAGAGUAUACGUAAACCACUGCGGUUCGGUGUAGUGUACGGAAAGGAAGACAAGUAUGCUGCAGAUCACAACAAGGAAGGAUUAGAUAAUAAUGUGUUUGCUGACGACCAUAAUCCAAACACGAAGGAUGGAUUAGAUAUUAAUGCUUAUGCUGACGAAAAUAAUUCAAGCACGAACUUAUAGAAAACAAAACAACUUUUGCAUCAUUGUACGUCUUGGCAGCAUGCCAUAUAAUUUCACAAUUCUGCCAGUUACAGAACAGAACUGAACAAAGAUUAUUCUUAACAUUUUAGUCUGCUUUUGGAUAUUUCAAGCAUUUUGAUAUCGUAGGCAUAUUUUAAAAAAAGGAAAAUAUGUAAAUGUAAUCAAUUCAUUUCUCUUUAGUACUGUAUAUGUUUUUAUACCAAACUUUUGAAAUCCAAAUGUUGUAUAUACUCUUAACAGUGUUUAUCAUCGUAGUUUUGUCAGCGGCCGCUUUUUCCUUCGACGCCAGUGUUUAUUAUCGUAGUUUAGUUAGUAGCCGCUUUUCCCUUUGGCGCCAGUGUUUAUUAUCGUAGCUUUGUAAGAAGCCGCUUUUCCAUUUGGCGCCAGUGUUUAUUAUACUAGUAGUACCUUAGUAAGUAGCCGCAUUUCUAUUUGGCGCCAGUGUUUAUUAUCGUAGUUUAGUUAGUAGCCGCUUUUCCAUUUGGCGCCAGUGUUUAUUAUAGUACCUUAGUAAGUAGCCGCAUUUCUAUUUGGCGCCAGUGUCAAUAGAAUUUGAGAUUAUCUACCAAAUGUAAUAAAUGAUUCAUUUUUAUAUAUUUUACUUGUUUUAGAUAGAAUGAUUUUCCUCAAUUCCACAAAAUGUUCUUACAGCGCCAAUCUACAUUACUAUAAUACUCUCUAUAUAUUUCAAAGUUUGUCAUUUUGAAAAAGCACUGUGUUUUGUAGUCUUCGUAAACGUCAAUGUUGUGACGGAAUAAAUUAUUUUAUAGAGAUGUUAUUGAAUAAAGAAUUAAAUAC